AUCAAUUUUUCUUUGUUUUUAUUAAUAGAUGUACACUAGAAUUUCAAAUAAAGUAGUAGGUAUAUUGAUGAGAGCAAGGAAACAUGGUCUUCUUACUUUUGAAGGAGAGAUGUUAUUUCAGAGAAGAGAUGAUCAUGUAGUUAUAACAUUGAUCAAGACCAUUGAAGAAUUACAUGAAAUAUUUGGAAUUCAAGGUCCUGUUCCCACAAGAAAACGUUGCGAAGAAGUUGAAGAGGAAGAUGAUGAUACAGAAAAACGUUACGAAGACGAAGAGGAAGAUGUUGCAUUUUUGGAUGUUACAAAAUUUAAUUCUCGUAAAUAGAUUAUAACACUAUACAGUAUUCUUGUCAAAUUAAUGACAUAAUACAGUUGUUAAAAGGUUUGUUAAAAAUUUUAUUGAAGAAAGAGAAAGCUUUAAUUUUUUUUAUUUAUGUGAGCAAUAGAGUUAUAUUUUUGCUUAUAUUAAUAUUGUAUAUUGAAAAUUUGGCAAUAUAUU